AUGCCCGACUCCUAUAAAUCGGCACUUCUUGACACCUUCUCGAAAUUCGCUGAAAAUGUGACAUUUAUCUGGAAAUAUGAGGCUGAUGAUAUUUUGCGAAAUGCGACAACUAAAAAUGUGAUUUUCGAGAAAUGGGUCCCGCAACGAGCACUGCUUAUGGAUCCACGUUUGACUGCGUUUUUCACACAUGCCGGUUUGGGAAGUGUGAAUGAAGUUAGCUAUUCGGGAAAGCCAGCGAUUUUGGUGAGUAGUAAGUGGAACAGGAGCCUUCUAAAGCCCUUAGAAGCCUUUCAAAGCCCUGUAGAAUCACCUAAAGCCCCCUUAAGCCCUUAAAAGCCUUCUAAAGAUUUAUAGAGCCCCCUUAAGCCCUUAGAAGCCCUCUAGAGCCCUCUGAAGCCUUUAGAAGCCUCCUAAAGCCCUUAGAAGCGUCUGAAAGCCUUUCAAGCCCCCUCAAGCCUUUUAAGGCCUUCUUAAGCCAUCUAGAGCCUCCUGAAGCCCUUAGCAGCUUCCUUCAGCUUCUUAAGCCUCCUGAAGCCUUCUAAAGUCUCCUGAAGCCUCUGGAAGCCCUCUCAAGCCUACUGAAACCCCCUGACGCCUCCUUAAGCUUUUUGAAACUCUCUAGAGUCCUCUCAAGCCCUCAGAACCCUCCUAAAGCUCCCCGAAGCCUCCUGAAGCCUCCUAAAACCUUCUAAAGCUUUCCAAACCCUUAUGAAGCUCUCUAGAGCCCCCUUAAGCCCUUAAAAGCCUCUGACAGCCCUCCCAAGCCUCCGAAAGCCCCUGAAGCCCUUAGAAGCUUCCCAAAGCCUUCUAAAGUUCCCUAAAACUCGAGAUCAACUCUAAAACACAUCUAAAAUUCAGUGUCCAAUCUUCGCUGAUCAAAUGCGCAACGCGAAAAUGCUCGCCCGCCACCAAGGAGCCAUCGAAUUCUCCAAAUUCGACCUCAACAACGCCGAAAAACUCGAAAAAUCCAUCCAUCAAAUACUAUUCGACGAAAAAUUCGCAGAGAAUUCGCGAAAUCUUGCGCGACGCCUCGAAAAUCAGCCAAUCAAACCUGCCGAACUUCUCGUGCGACAUUGCGAAUUCGCUGCCGAGUUUGGAGAGUUGCCAAGUUUGGAUCCCUACAGCCGGCAAAUGUCAUUUUUCACAUUUUUCAUGAUUGAUCAACUGUUGAUUUUUACUGUGAUGUUUGGAGCGAUUUUUGGAGUGUUUGUGGCGGUUCUGAAAUUUAUUGCAAGACGGGUAUUUAUGUCAGAAAAGAUGCUGAAAAUUGAUUGAAUGAAAUUUUCGAAAAUCAUGCUGCAAUUAUUUCCAGCGAUUAAAUGAUUAUAUCAUUCGUUCUUUCUCGAAAAUAAAUGGAAAAAAAUACAAAUACAAAUACAAAUAUUUCAAAAGGGCUUAUUGAUGUCAUUUUUGUGAUCUAUUUUCAGAGAAAAAACUUGUUUACAUGUGAGUCUGAAGAUUACUAAACAAAUUACCCUUCUAAAUAAAUCUACAUAGAAAAAAAACGGGGAAAAUUGCAGAUGUCUGAACAAGUUCUGAUCUUAACUCUAUAAAAAUAAAAAUCGACUAAAGAAUACACUUCUGACGCAUCAAGUUUGUGCAACUUCGAGAACUAAUCAGUGAGCCAAAAAUAAUGCACAUUAUAGUGAUGUUAUUCAUUAACAAUAGCAUAAAAUACGUGAUUUUUUGAUAUUUAUGUUUUCUUACUCUUGAGCUCGCUGGCAGUUUUAUUGUCUUUGAAAUUUUCACCCGUGAAAAAUGACUCGCAUAGCGCAGCAGGCAAGCGGUUAGCCUCUUAGGAACCACUUUCGGGUUCGACUCCUGCUCGCUGCAAUAUUUUUUGAUUUUUUUCUUUUUCUCACAAACAGGAACUUUGGAUUGAUGUAACUUUUUUGAGAAUCUGUGUUCAGUAGUUCAGGAAAUCAAGGGCACAGGAAAUUAAGGCUCUAAAUCUGUCUAAAGUUAUUUUCAGCACAUCCUAUAAACUAAUAGUGCAUGGUUUAUUUUAGCCGAGAAAAACGAGAGACGAAAAUGUUACCGUAACUCGGGGAACUUUUUGUUUUUUGUAUCCUCAAAAAGCGGCCAGAAAAAUAAAAACUACAAAUUACCCCCCCCCCCCCCCCCAAUAAAAAUGUGACAUCUCGGAUGGUUUUUGAUGAUCUCUGCUUCUCUUAUACAGAAAUCAGCCGGCUUCUCUGCGUCUCUCAAAAUCAUGUGCUCUCUAAUCUCUCAAGAUGUUCUCUGCGUAUCUCCAAAUUACAUAUUCUCUAUGUUUCCUCUGCGUCUCUACCUACUCUGUCAUCUCUAACAUCAUUUUAUCUCUGUCUACCUCCAAGUUCUGUAUACUCUCUCGCUUCUCUAUGUUCUCUGCGGAUCCACAAAACUAGACUCUUCUUGAGCUCCACACCUUGUUUUUUGCUCCUUACACAAGAGAUGCUCACAUGUUUUUCAAAAAUUGUAGAUCAUAACGUGACCAACCGUAUUCUCGUCGCAAGCCACGCCCAUUUUUCGCGGCUCACAAGUUAGUAUAUAAGUAAAACUAGAUCUAUUUUCAGUAUACAUGUAAUUAUUACUUCGGAUGCUUUGUUCACUACUUUGUAAUGUCGAUGACAUUUGUGAUAAUGGGUUAUUGCGGAUUCUCAACAUAUUUCACAAUUCGAGCUCAUCGCGGAGCAUCUACUCGUACUCGCCAACUUCAAAACCAACUUUUUCAAGCUCUCGUUUUACAAACCGUUAUCCCAUCAAUAUUUAUGUAUAUUCCAACUGGAAUCAUGUUUAUUUUCCCAUUUCUCGAUAUUGAUUUGAAAGACAAUGCUAACUUCAUUGUAGUCUGCUCGUUUUUAUACCCCGGAAUUGACCCGCUGAUUACGAUCUUUAUUAUAAGAGACUUCAGAUUGACUGUUUCCAGUAAGCUGAAAAAUACUGAUUCUGGGGAAAACAAGUUUGGUUUUCCAGAUAUUGUCAAAGGUCGCGGAGGUGGGGCUGGAAGCAGUUUCGGAUCUUCUAUAGGUCCGUCAGGCGCAAGAACGGCGAAUUAUCUGACAGGAACUUCGACUUCUGGACACUUUGUGAAAUCUUAA